CACGUUGCUCAUAAAAAUCUAACAUGGAAGUGAAAGAAGAUGGAAACGUGUAAAAAAAACAAAAGGGUAUCUUUCUGUAUGCCACCGCAGAAAAUCUGCCAAAAAGAACGAGGACCAGUGGACCACAAAGAAAGUGACCAUGGGACAUUAAUCAAACAACACUACUUAUAAACGAGUUCCUUCGUUUACUGGAGGGGACAUGGUCGUAGAAAUGUCAACAGUUAUGUCUAGCCUCACAUGUUCAGAUCUAUCUCCUUGCCUGAAUCAACGACAUCGCCGGCUUUGCAAAUCCUACUCUUUAUUUUUCUCUUCACGUCGUGUUCUUAAGAUCAAGCACCAAAGCCCCAUCUUGGGAAAUCAAGAAUCAUACCAAUUCAACAUCCCAUUCGAGUUCAAUGCUAGAUACAAAGCCAUUAAGGCAAAGGGAGAGUCAGACGAUCUCCAACCAGAGGAUCCAGUUCCACCGGAAAAACGGUCUUCCCCUGAAUGGAAGAAAUGGAUGGUGGUGAUAACGUUAUCUAUAAUUCUUCCUUCAUAUAGGCACAAAUGGGGACCAUUAGUUUUCCUUCGAAGUAAGGUGGACGAAACCAUAGAAACAGUGGAAACUGUGACGGAUAUUACUGAAGAUUUGGGUGAGGAUGUAGAGAAGGUAGCUGAGGCAUUGGAAAACAAGAUUCCUGACCAGGAGGCAAAACUCAAGGAAGCUGUGGAAACAAUUGACCGUCUAGCGAAAGAUGUAGUGAAGGAGACUGAAGAAGCCAAACGACUCAUUCAAAAGGUUCCACCCAUCAGAUCUCUCUCUCUCUCUCUCUUUUUCGUGGUUUCUUUUCCUCCAUUGCAAAAUUUCUUGCAACUACCACUUCUCUGUCAUUAGCAAAUCAGUGUGAGUUACCCAAGUGCCAAGUGCCUAGGUCCUGUAAAUCCAAAUACCUCUUCUUGUGUUCAUUUUUAAAUUUAUGGUUCCUAUUCUUUCAAAUGUGUUAGAAUUAGAGCCAGGAAGGAGAAAAUGGGUGACAUCUUAGAAGGUAAGAACUGGGAAAUGCGAACCCACCAGGUUAUGUGCCUUAAAAAAUGGAGAUGUUAUGAAUUGAAGAAGGCCAAAAAUGGAGUCAGCCAGUAGUGAGCAAGAAGAGCUUGCCAGAUCACUGUGCAAAUUAAUGUGGCCCAACCCAAGUGCUGCAAAUCAAUCAGCAGCUGAUUUUCUACUGGACCAAACAGAAUCUGGUGGCAAAUGACAGAAGGCACUGUCUACUCGCCAUAAAUACUGCUACGGGUGCCAACUUCAAUCAAAUACUGACCAGCCUGGUUUACAAUUUUUUUUUUUUUAAUUUCAUACUAACUGUAUUAUCAUCUGUAAAGCAUUCCAUCAUUCCAUUUAUUUUGAUUUGGACAAAAAAAAGAAAGAAAAAAACUCAUUGUAGUGAGAAGAGAUUUUGUAUGUGGGGUUCUAAUUCUUAUCUUUCCUGGAAGUGCAGGUGGAGGACGCUGAGAAAAAGGUGGAGAAAAUUGUGGGAAUUGAGGAGGAGAGAGAAAAGAGAUAGAAGGUUUUGUUUGGAAUUGUUGUACCCUUUUUGAGAAGAAAAAUCGACAAUAUUAUUAUUAGUGGAAUGGUAUUAUGGUAGCCAUUUUCACUGAGCAA